GGCCUCUAUGGAAAAUUAUAAAAUGGAUUUUUAAGUGUUAUAUAUAUAUAUUAAGGAAGUUGUUUUAAAUUUAAAAUCUGUUUACACUCGAUUUUUCGCGUUUUAAGUUAUUUUAACAAUUUUGAUUUGAUGUUUUGACCAGAAUCAAGCGGAGCAGUGAGCUGUUGAGAAACAAACCAACUUGUUUUGCGCGCUCAUAUGACCUUAUGCAGUUGCAAGCGCCUUAAAACCCCAUUCUAAACUAAACUAAAACUCUUGCUGUAAUUGUAACACUUUUGUUUCUCUGUUAACUAACCUUGGGUUACAAAUACAAUUUGACAUAUUUUAUUUGACAAUGAAGAUCAAUCAUUGUUUUGUAGAGUAGCAAAACUGUACAAAAAAUUGAAAAUAAAAAAGUACACAAAACAGUGAGGAGGCAGUGUCGUGUUAUUUUAUUAGUAGUUUCAGGUUCAGUUUUCAUAACUUAUUGAGUUGCUUUAUAAUAUUAUUUGCUUUUACUUGCAGGCUACACACAAUCUUUAAGGGCUUUGAUGAACUGAGUACAUUUUCACUGUUCUCGUCAAGAAAAAAGUCGUAAUAUCCAAGAUAAAUAUAUCCUAAAAAGAAAAGAGAGGCCGAUGCCAUGGCUCUCUUGCCCGGUCUUUGCACAGCUCUUACGCAAGAAACAUGGCAGAAGUUACAAGAUGCCUCGAUCAAAACUGUGACUGAUUUCAUCUCCAAAGACCCAGAACUUCUCUCUCAGAGGCUUCACUUACCCUACAAGGACCUGUGUUCUAUUCAGCGAGUUCUUCUGGCUGAGCAUGCUGCAUACCCUGUGUCAGCGGCGUUGUUAUACAAUGGUGCCUUGACUACUUUUGCCACCUUGUCCACGGGCUAUGACAGGCUUGACGACUUGUUGGAUGGAGGUUUAUAUACAGGGGAGGUCACUGAAUUUGCAGGGGAUUGUGCUGCUGGUAAAACUACGAUCUGUCAUGCUGCUAGUGCGACUACGAUCAGCACGGAUGGGCAAUCCGUCCUUUAUAUCGACACUGUCUGCUCACUCAGCCCACAGAGCAUUGCCGAGUGUCUACUGAAGACUCAUACCGACACUUGCCCGGAUGAGCAAACCCUCCAUUCCUGCCUUAAGAAAAUGAGAUCUGUACAAGCCUUUGAUGUGUGGGAGCUGUUUGCUGUGCUGAAGGAUUUAGCCUCCAAACUGGCAGAGGGUUCCAGUGAUACAAGGGACUUAAAGCUCAUUAUUGUGGACAGUUUAGUGCCUGUUAUAUACUCUGUGGCAGGAGGCGUGCAGCAAGCCCAGGGCUACCUCUCAGAGAUUGGUCUCAGGCUCAAACAGCUGGCGGUCACGUUCUCUCUUGCUGUUGUGGUAACCAACAACCUUGUGUCAGACUUUGGUGGUUCGGGGAGGAUAGCAGCUCUUGGAAAACUGUGGUCUCACCUUCUGCACACUCGCGUGAUCCUGGAGAGAUGUGAGGAUCCCACAGUUUUGUCUGGCACAAGGACUGCUCUACUGGUCAAGAGUUGCCGACAGAAGUCUCCAUCUUCAGUUGUAUUUUCCUUGGGCUGAUGAAGAAGACUAUCUUGCCCAAAGUAUUCUGUUCAAUUGGAAGAGUCACUUGCUGCUGACGGAGGAAGCGCCGAUGACACAACAGAACUGACCGCUGGCUGACCAUCCCUGUCUUGCUCCACCAACCUGUCGGCGCUGUACACCUUGUUCCACGAUAUCCGGUCAUAAGAGCGUACGUCGUGAGGUGUGAUGGCAUUACCACUGGCAACAAUUUCACGAUACUGCUGCACAAAGAAUCUGUUCACGUCUGAGAUCUUCUCAUAGUUUUCAUAGUCCUCCAGCUGGUGAGAAAAUAAUCGAAGAAAAAAGUCUGUUCCAUUAAUUCUGAUUAAAUAGACCCAGGAACACAUAUUACGAAUAAGUAGGCUAUAAUAUAAGCCCCUACAGGGUUAAAACACACUUAACCCUUUCGCACUUAGCAGGCUUGGCCAGCUGUGGCCCCCCCAUCCUUAAGACAAGGGCAACAACUCCACGAAAAUUGAAGGGGUACCUUACUAAAAAAAUGGUAUAAAAUCACAAACACUACCAAAAAUGAUGAAAAUAGUAUUUUCUGAAAGGAAAA